AUGAUCCGCCGCGGCCCCGCCCGCACGCCAUUCCUCGCCGCCGUGCAGCCUGCGUGCGCAGCUCUGCGGCAGCCCGCCGUGCACGGGCCGGUGCGGGCGGCGAGCUACUACGAGGUGGUGGAUGGGCAUAAGCGCGACAGGAAGGCGCUCGACGCGGCACGCGAGGCGGUCAAGGGUAAGGGCGACGGUGUGAUCAGCAAGGCAGACACGAAAGCCAUCCUGGCUACCCUGGUUGACGGCCAGGGCGUGACGGCUGCCGAGUUUGGGACGGCCUUUGUCAUUCUUCGAGACUUCAAGUUCACGGCGCCCGCGAAGAAGCUCUUCAUUCAGGAGCUGGCGCUCGCUCAACCGCAAGCCUGA